AUGGCUUUCAUGCUUCAGGGACAUUUUGAUGCACAUUCAUUUAAGUCAACUGCAACACUAGAGGAAGUUAAUCGUGAUUGUAGGACACCCCAGAACGGGACAGGCUUCCUGUGUGAUGAUCGAAUAACCUGCAUCCAACCCUCCGACCUCUGUAACGGGGCAUACAACUGUCCAAGUGGGGCCGACGAGAGCAAACAGUUGUGCAGUGACCUACCACACAACCUUCCAAGCAGCCUGAUCUUCCGCUGUGGAAACCCAAAAUUCUGGAUCUUCAUAGACCAAAAAUGUAACUACUUAAAUGAUUGUGGAGACUGCUCAGAUGAAAUUGGAAUUUCUGCCAGCUGUCCACCCUGUGGACCUGAGUGGUGGACAUGCACACCAGUGGAGUUUAUGUACUGUAACUGUGUGCCACGACAGUUAUGCAGAGACGGCAGACAGCAGUGCUACGACUGGUCUGAUGAGUACAUCUGUGUUUAA